AUGAAUCCGGCCGUCGGUGCUGAUAUAAGGGAUUUCGUUCAGCGAUUUCACGAGCUGACAGUGCAAAGAGAUUCGAUGGAUAAUCUUUUCAAGGACCUCGUGAUAUAUUGCAAUCAAGUCGAGAAUGAACUUCGGCAUGAAAGUCAGAGACUGCUCAACGCACAGAUUGAACUUCAAAAUGCGGCAGCUCAGAGGUCAGAUCUGGAGCAUCGCCUUCGCCUUUAUGAAGCCGAGGAGCAGGAUGCAAAAGUCAAAGUGAAUAAAGAAAUGGACAAGAUAAAGAACCACAAUCCUUAUGUCAUGGUGUUGAUAGAUGGCGAUGGUCUUAUGUUUAGAGAUACAUGGAUCAAACAAGGUCUUGAAGGUGGUAAAAAAGUCGCCUAUGCCUUACGCGCUGCCGUGGCGGAAAGAUUUGGCGAAGAGGUUGAGGACUUGGAGAUUGUGGCCAAAGUGGUGGCGAAUCUUUCUGGCUUGGGCAAAGCCAUGCAACGAGAUGGCUGCGUGGAUAGCCCGAGCACCCUGAAAGAUUUUACACUUGGCUUCACACAAGCCAAAGCUACAUUCGACUAUAUUGAUGUUGGCUACGGCAAAGAAAGGGCUGAUUCCAAAAUUAAAGAAACAACUAGAUGGCAUCUACGAAAUCACAACUGCAAGCACAUUAUGCUCGGCAUUUCGCAUGACGCCGGCUAUGCCCCCUUUUUGGACGAAACUCUUCAAAAUGAGGCUACCCGACAGAGGAUCAGCAUCAUCGAGGGCGUCACUACCGUGCCUGAUCUUGUCGCGACCAACAUCAAGAUAGAAAAGCUCGGGGACGGCCUCUUCCGCGACGAUAAGCUUUCUGGGAAAUUCCCUACGUUGGCUCAGAUGGCAUCUAGCCAAUCACCCCCGGCUCAGCUGAUUGCAUCUCGAACAGCCAGCCCAGCUGUUAGCGCCGGCUCCAGCCAAGUUCGCACCCCGAACGUGUCCUAUGCCGGGAUCGCGAGUGCCAGUCCACCGCCACAGAUUACACUUCCCUUUACGCUUCCACCGAAAAAGCAGACGCAGUCGGGAACGGCAUCCUGGCGAGAGAGGGCCCAGGGCCGUGCCCAGUCCGAGUCACAGUACCAAUUAAUCCCGUCUAGCAUACCGGAUAAUUGGAAUCCUGGUCGUCGCGGCUUUGACGAGCCCAUCAGGGUGAAUGUGCAAGUGAUGGAAACGAUCAAGAGGCGAAAAGACAACGACAAACUAUGCAACAACCAUUACCUCCGUGGGCCAUGCGCGAAGAAGGACAUUUGCCCGUUUGCUCACGACUAUAAGAUUAACGAGGACGAGAUCAAGGCGGUUGCUGUGCUAGCUCGCCAAAACCCGUGCUCGUCCGGCCAGUAUUGCGAGGCAGAAGACUGCAUAUAUGGCCACCAUUGUCCUAGCAUCCGGGACGGCACCUGCGUCCAUCCUUAUUGCAAAUUCUCGGAAGAGGCCCAUCCUCCCGGAACAAAAUACAAGAGUGCUUACGUCCACGCCAACUAA